CCCUCUCCCUCUGUUCGCAACAGCAACCCAUGGAUGACAAGCACAACCCGUCGCCGAAGCGGCGUAGAGAGGACGACGGCGAGAAUGACGAUACCCCUCCCCGGAAGCGCUCCGCCUCAGGCUCGCCCUCCGCUGCCUCGCCUUCCUACAGGCUAGCGGAACGCCCAGCCACAAGAUAUCACAGAGAGGACAGCGGGGACUACAGAGAAAGAAGAAGCCCGACACCAAUCGCCCGGCCACGCUCAAGGUCGAGGUCAAGAUCAAGGUCAAAUUCGUCAAGAUCCCGUUCCCACUCUCCCUCCCGUCACCACAACGGUUCUCCCUCGCAACCCCCACCCCCUCGCAAACCCUCCACCCUCCACUAUGAGCCAUUGCUCCUUCUCCGCGGCCACACCAAAGGCAUAUCCUGCGUAAAAUUCUCCCCGGAUGGAAACUGGAUAGCCGCCGCCUCAGCCGACUGUACCAUCACACUUUGGUCCGUACCUGACGGCCGCCUGGAGCACACUUUGGCCGGCCACCUUGCUGGCAUCAAUGCGCUCGCAUGGUCUCCGGACUCCAAAAUCCUCGCUUCUGCCUCCGACGACAAGUCCAUCCGCCUGUGGGAUAUCUCAACGGGUCUGGCUCAUCCCAAGGCCUUCAUUGGCCACCACAACUACGUCUACUCCAUUGCUUUCUCGCCCAAAGGCAACAUGCUCGUCAGCGGAAGCUACGACGAAGCCGUCUUUCUCUGGGAUGUCCGUGCCGCGCGCAUCAUGCGCAGUCUCCCUGCCCAUUCCGACCCCAUCGGCGGCGUCGACUUUGUGCGGGACGGCACACUAAUCGUUAGCUGUGCGAACGAUGGCCUAAUCAGAGUCUGGGACACAGCAACAGGUCAGUGUCUGCGAACGCUGGUCCACGAGGACAAUGCGCCCGUGACCUCGGUGCGCUUCUCCCCCAACGGAAAGUAUAUACUCGCCUGGACACUGGAUUCGUGUAUCCGGUUGUGGAACUAUAUCGAGGGGAAGGGGAGAUGUGUGAAGACGUACCAGGGACAUCUGAACGAGAAGUAUAGUCUGUCAGGAGCGUUCGGGACGUAUGGAGGCGAACCGCCGAAUCAAUAUGCGUUUGUCGCGUCGGGGAGCGAGGACGGCAGCAUCUUCCUUUGGGACGUGAGCUCGAAGAAUGUGCUGCAGAAGUUGGAGGGUCAUAAGGGUACAAUAUUGUCGGUUGACACGCAUCCGACGCAGCACUUGAUUGUUAGUGGCGGUUUGGAUAAGACGGUGAGGGUAUGGCGAUGUAAGGAGCCUUCAGUGGUGGAAGAAGGUGUGCCAAAUGGUACAGGAGAGCCGGAGAUGAACGGGAAUGGUCUACCACCUGAAUUGCCUCCUUAUCCCUUUGGCUAGUAUCAUUUCCGUUCGGUUGCAAAAUAAGGGAGCGUUACGUCGUACUAAAUCACCUGAAUAGCCUGGCGGUCCAUCAGAUACCCCUCCACAACAUAGACAAUAUGUAUCACGGCGUGGAAAACGCUAAAUCCAUUCGGUCAAUACAGAUAUGCCUCCCA